CGCGUUGUUCCUCAGUCCUUGUAAGAGAGAGAAAAUGAUAUCAUAUCAAAUGUAAUGUGAGUGAGUUUUAUUGGCAACCCUUUUUGUGGGUUUGAAUCAGUCAGCAAAUAGACCUUUUCUCAAUCUAUACUAUUAUAAUCCCCUUACAAGAAACUGGUCCAUUUGCGGAAAAACCUCCUUACUCGGUUUUCUUUGGUCAAACUUUUCUCUUUUCCUUCUCUUUUCUCUCCUUAUAUCAUCCCCUUCCUCCCAAUUUCUUCACUAAAGAAAAUAUUUUCGCUUUCCUUGUAGUAUACAUAAGCUUUCAGCUCUCACCUCAGCUUCACAGUUCAUACCUCCUUCACUCUAUAAUCACUUACCCUUUAACAUCAAUUCAAGAUUUGGAGCUUCUGGUCACUAUUACUACCACAUUUCAUAGCCAUCUUUUACUUAGCCAUUAAUCAUUCCAACCCAUUUGCUAUCCCAUCUCAUUUCAUCUAUAAAACAACACAUUUCAUAGCUUACUUGGGUGUCAUGCAAGAUAUUUUCAUGUUUGCAGCUUCUGCUUCAACAAUUUUCAGCCUCACCAUAUCCCAUUUUGAACUUCCUUUUUGGACAUCGUUAUAUAAAUUUCAUAGCCUUGAAUGUUCCUCCUUCACGUGCUAUAGACCUUUGUACCUUGCUUGCCCCCCAUCUCCGCAAUCCCUACUGUUCUUAAGCUAAAGCUGUGCCAAUUUUUUUUGAGCAUUUUUCCUAAUUGAAAUGGCCAUGGAAUGGGAGCAAAAGACUCUGAUCAGUGAACUGAAUCAAGGGAAAGAGCUAGCAAAGCAGCUUAUGAAUCAUCUUAACCCUUCUUCGUCGCAUGAAACUUGUGAAUUCUUAAUUGAGAAGAUACUUUCUUCUUAUGAAAAAGCACUUUCAAUGAUAAAUUGGGGUGCUUGUGUAGAAGAGCCCAAAUCCACCAUCAACAAUCUUGAAUCGCCUAGUUCUUUUGCCAUUACUAGCCCAAGAAGUGAAGGCUAUGACCAAGACUCUAAGCACAAAGAUGUCUACAAGAAAAGAAAGACAUUGCCCCGAUGGACAGAACAAGUGAAGGUUUGCUCCGGGACAGGGCUAGAAGGCCCUCUUGAUGAUGGUUAUAGCUGGAGAAAAUAUGGGCAGAAAGACAUCCUUGGAGCUAAUUUUCCGAGGGGUUAUUAUAGAUGCACUCAUCGACAUUCACAAGGCUGUUUAGCCACAAAGCAAGUUCAAAGAUGUGAUGAAGACCCCACUAUUUUCGAAGUUACCUAUCGAGGUCGUCACACUUGUAGCCAAGCAUCUCAUUUAAACGUGGCAUCGGCAUCAGUAAAAGAAAACAAAAGAAAGUUUCAACCCCAACAACAGUCACAGGAAAUAGUGUUCAAUUAUGGAGGUGGGCUUAAAAGUGAGGACAUGGAAACUAGAGAGGAUGACAUAUUUCCGUCCUUUUCUUUCCCUUCUACACCAAUUGGAUCAGACAAUGCUGAUAAUAAUAUUUUCUCGGAGUCCAUAAUGUUGGAGAACAAUUUCAUGGGGAGUUUUUCUCCAACUUUUAUAUCACCAGCAACAUCUGAAUCCAACCUGUUUUCACUGUCUCCAUGCCACAUAAACAGUUACAGACUAGGCCACAAUGUGCAAACAUCCGAAUCUGAUCUCACUGACAUAAUUUCUGCCCCGACUUCUGUCACCAAUUCACCAAUUGGGAACUUGGAUUUUUCACUUGAUAAGGUGGACAUUGACCCAAAUUUCCCAUUUGACAACCCGGAAUUCUUCUCCUAAUUGUUACCUCAUUAGCCACAAUUAACAAACCCCCCCCCCCCUCCCCCCCCCCCAAAAAAAAAAAAUCCAAAAAAAGAGGUUUGCAAAUUUGGUGGAUUAGGCAAUGCCUUUGCAUCAUAGUCAGCAUCGAAAGAGAUAUCAAGAAUGUUCAUAUGAGUGAUGACCAAAGUUGUAUAUGAAUGUCUCUAUGGUGAUAGUCAUGAGAAUUUUCACUUGCUUAGUUUUUUAAAGUAUUGGAAAUAAUGUGUAGCAGUAGCUCCUCAUGUCAAAUUUUCUGCCUUUUACCUUUUAAAAAAAAAAAAAAAAACCUGUAUUGGUUGUAAACUCGUUAGUGAUUGAUUUUCCUCCCAUUUUGGGUUCAAGCACUAAAAAAUCUGUUUAAAGAAAGAACAUUGAUUUCUUGGGUA